UUGAUGUGUCAGAGAUAGAGUCUUUUCUCUGCAACAGUCCCUAAACUUGCUGAUUCAAGGGGUAAAGCUGGAGGGCGUCGUAAGUCUACUGGAUCCAAAACUGACAAAGUUCACCUGAUUGACCCGAGGAGGGCAAACAACACUGAAAUUAUGCUCACAAAAGUUAAGAUGCCGCUUCCUGAUAUGAUGGCUGCAGUGCUAGCGAUGGAUGAAUCAGUAUUAGAUGUUGAUGAGGUGGAAAAUCUAAUAAAUUUUGUCCUACUGAAGAAGAGAUGGAACUUCUCAAGGGUUACACAGGUGACAAGGAGAGCCUGGGAAAGUGUGAACAGAUUCCUGCUCCAAAUCAUUCCCACACUUGUAGAACCAAGUCUCUGAUACUAGGAACUGCUUUGAGUCUUGAAGAGAAGUCAGAUUCUCGGGGUGAACACAAACAUGAGGAAGAACAACAAUCUGGUGGAUCAUGCAAGGAAAGUUCAUCCCAGCUUGUUUCAUUCUCUUUAUCUCAUGCCAACAUUCCUCUACCACCUACCUUAGAGUUGAAGGAUUCUUCAGAAAUGGAUAUGUCUGAUGUUCAAAAGAAUCUCAAAUGUUUGUACGAGUACAAUGUCUUGCUGAGGGAGAAAUUUUUAUCUGUGCAAUCUAUGCUUCAUGAGUUAGCAACAAAUUCCUUGCCUCCUGCAAAUGAUGACAUUCCUAACACCUCAAAGUUUUUCAAGCAAGUGAUCUUGCAGGCAAAGGACACCAAGUGAAUUAGAUAGAGAGGUUAAGAACUUGAGGGUGGCAUUUACUGACCUGUUUUUGAAGCAUAACACUUUCAAAGAAACUGCAAAGUCAUCGAGAUAUUGAUGCAAAGAAUGGAAGAAUGUAUUUCACUAAUUUUUGUAUACAUUUCCUGUUUUGUAUUUAGUGAUAAAGGAAU